UCUUAUUUUCGAUUCCUAAAAUGACGUGGAGUAAUAGGUUAUAAAUUUGUUUUAUACCCUAUUUACUAUUUAAUUAGGUCAAUUUAAGGCCCUCAAGGGCCUGUAUAAUAGUGGAAUUCAACAUAAAUCCAAUUCACCAAUAUGAUUGAGAUAUCGGACACACAGAAAAUUGGCGUGGGCCUUGCGGGGUUUGGUAUGACCUUCCUGUUCCUUGGGGUUCUCUUGUUGUUUGACAAAGGUCUACUAGCUAUUGGAAAUAUUCUCUUCAUAAGUGGUCUAGCGUGUGUGAUAGGCCUGCAACGGACAUUUUUCUUUUUCUUCCAACGGCACAAAAUCAAAGCAUCGGUGGCAUUUUUUGGUGGCAUCACAGUGGUGUUGCUAGGCUGGCCGAUGUUUGGCAUGAUAGCUGAGAUAUAUGGAUUUCUUUUAUUAUUCAGAGGGUUCCUUCCUGCGGCAGUUAAUUUCCUCAGAAUGGUCCCAGUGUUAGGGUCGCUGCUUAGUUUACCUAUUAUAAGAGGGAUCGUAGACAGAAUAGCGGGCGACAACGGCCGUAAUAUGGUAUGAUAUAGUGUUGCCAUAUGAAAAAUAAAGACUUACGAUGAACCAACAUUAUGAAAAUACUAAACCUAAAGUUUGAAGACAUUCCAAGAAUUUGCUAAAUCCGAAUUUAAGUCAGUAACAAUAAAAUUAA